CUGGACGCUUCAGAUUUGGAAGCAGUGGAGAAAUGAGGCGGAGAGCCCCGGAAUUCCGGCGGCCACUGCGGCGGCGGUUCCCCAAUGCCUUCUGGUGGGCGCUGUGCGGGGUUGCGGUUUUGCUCUUCGUUUUUACUUUGAGCAGAGUGAAUCAGAUGGAGUCCAGGCCUGUCAUUCCCACUAGGUUCAGGAAUGAUAGAGUUAUGGAAGGCCUUAAUAUUACCGACGAAAUGCUGAGCCCCAACUCAGUUUCAAGGCAGCUCAAUGACCAAAUUGCUCUUGCAAAAGCUUUUGUUGUGAUUGCCAAAGAAAGUAACAACCUUCAGUUUGCUUGGGAAUUAAGUGCCCAGAUUCGCAGUUCGCAGAUCCUGCUGUCAAAUGCUGCAACCAGGCGAGUUCCUCUGACUAUUAGAGAAACGGAAACUGCAAUCCGUGAUAUGGCACUAAUACUUUACCAAGCACAGCAGCUCCAUUAUGAUAGUGCAACCAUGAUCAUGAGACUGAAAGCCAAAAUCCAAACUAUGGAAGAACAGAUGAGUUCGGUAAGUGAGAAAAGUUCGAAGUAUGGACAAAUAGCUGCUGAAGAAGUCCCAAAAAGUCUCUACUGCCUUGGUAUUCAGCUGACUAGUGAAUGGUUCAGAAGCCCGAAUAUACAGAGGAAAAUUAAGGACAGAAAGCAAAUAGAAAUGAAACUGAAGGAUAACAAUCUCUAUCAUUUCUGCGUCUUCUCUGACAACAUCCUAGCAACUUCUGUUGUGGUCAAUUCAACUUCUAUAAAUUCCAAAAAUCCAGAUAAGAUUGUUUUCCAUCUCGUAACUGAUGAAAUCAACUAUGCUGCAAUGAAGGCCUGGUUUUCUAUAAACAGCUUCAGAGGGGUGGCCGUCGAGGUUCAAAAGUUUGAGGAUUUUACGUGGUUGAAUGCUUCUUAUGUUCCUGUACUUAAGCAGCUACAAGACACUGAUACUCAGAGUUAUUAUUUCUCUGGAAAUAGUGAUGAUGGGCGGACACCAAUCAAGUUUCGAAACCCAAAGUAUCUUUCUAUGCUUAAUCAUCUGAGGUUUUAUAUUCCGGAAGUUUUUCCUGCCCUGAAGAAGGUGGUAUUUCUGGAUGAUGAUGUUGUGGUUCAGAAGGAUCUGUCUGAUCUGUUCUCCAUUGAUUUGAAAGGUAAUGUCAAUGGUGCGGUGGAGACAUGCAUGGAAACAUUUCACAGAUACCAUAAAUAUCUGAACUACUCUCACCCUCUCAUAAGGGCUCAUUUUGAUCCUGAUGCAUGUGGAUGGGCAUUCGGGAUGAAUGUUUUUGAUUUGGUUCAAUGGAGGAAAAGGAAUGUCACCGGCAUCUACCACUACUGGCAGGAAAGAAACAUAGACCGGACAUUGUGGAAGCUCGGCACACUACCACCUGGGUUGUUGACAUUCUACGGAUUGACAGAGCCUUUGGACGCCUCAUGGCAUAUUCUGGGUUUGGGCUACACAACUGUUGACCCUCACUUAAUAGAGAAAGGUGCUGUGCUGCACUAUAACGGAAACUCAAAACCAUGGUUGAAGAUCGGUAUGGAAAAGUACAAGCCCCUCUGGGAGAAAUACGUAGAUUAUGGUCAUUCGUUAUUGCAACGGUGCAAUUUCCAUUGAGAUUUCAGGCAUGGAAGUUUCGACUUUACCACGACAGGUUUGGCGCGUAAAGGAGACAUAACCUCUUUGAGGGCAUGGAUGAAUGCUUGCAUAAUUUUUCCAGGAUGAAAGCAUGGAUGGAUGGGUAGUGGUUGUAAGAUGGGUGGGGCUAUUUAUGUGAUCUUCCUAGUUGUGUUGUAGUAUAGUCUAUAGAUGAUGAUAUACUUCAUAUAUGUCAUUCAGAUUGUUAAUGCUAACCACUGUUCUUCAAGAACUAUUUUUUGCAGUAUAAUAUUAAUAUGUUGAACUGCAA